ACUAUUUAACUAGGGCUGCUGACUGUUGAGGUUAGAUCAAAGAAGAAGAAGAAGAAGAAGAAGUAUCAAAAUGGGUUCCUAUCUCUCUUCCUUCUUUGUUGAAGCUCAUAAUGCUCUUCUACAGUUCUUGGGACUGGUUAUUGUUGAUCAUCAAAGUAAGACCCAAGAAGGCUCGUCAACUUCCAGUUCAGAGAAACAAGAGGAUGAAAAAGCCUCUGAAGAAAGCUCCCAAGAUCCUCCAACAACAACAACCGACCCAAAAGCUGAUCCUCCCACAGAUAACUCUGAAGAUCCUCCUGCAGUCACUGUAAGUGCUCUUGCGAGGCGGACUCCACCAGUAAGCAGCGGGAGCGGUGGUCAGAUUAAUUCCACCUCAGCUUAAGAAUCGCAGAAGCUCAAAGAUCUGUCGGUCACACCAUGCUAGCUUUGCUACAGUCCAAAAAAUCAUCUUCUCUAUAUAUAGAUUUCACGAGUACUAGUUGUAAUUAUUGUGUGUGCGCUUAGGGAUACUCUCUCAGAUCUCUCUCUCUCUCUCUCUUGGGUGACAUGAACUUGAAUAUUACAUAUGUUUAGGUUAUUGUUUUGAGGCUUUAAA